AUGGUUUUGCAGACAUCUUCACCAUCAUGGCUUGGUGCCGCUCUGGCCCUAUUGUCUCUCUUUUCUCUUCUGGUCCCCGCCAAUGCCUUGUAUUUCUACGUGGAUGGCCGACAAACAAAGUGCUUCUUCGAGGAUCUCCCCAAGGAUACCCUGGUCGCUGGCAGAUUCUCAGCUGAAGUGAUCAACCCCAACACCAACACAUACACUACCGACCACAACCUCCGGAUUCAGAUCACAGUUGACGAGACCUUUGACAAUGAUCAUCGCGUUGUGAACAAGCGCGAAAACCACGCGGGUCGCUUCACCUUUUCCGCUGCUGAUGCCGGUCAACAUCGCAUCUGCUUCACGGCCGAGACCGAUUUGACCACCUCCGGCUGGAUGUCCAGCGGCCAGGGCGCUGUCCGAUUCACCUUGGACAUGGCUAUCGGUGAGACCAGCAAGAUUGAGACCGAGGACAAGGACAAGAUGAAGGAUAUUGUCCAGCGUGUCCGUGACCUGAACAGUCGUCUGCACGAUAUCCGUCGCGAGCAGGUCUACCAGCGGGAGCGUGAGGCCGAGUUCCGUGACCAGUCCGAGACCACCAACUCUCGCGUUGUCCGCUGGGCUCUGAUUCAAGUCGCUGUUCUCUCUGCGGCUUGUGCCUGGCAAUUGUCUCAUCUGCGGUCCUUCUUCAUCAAGCAGAAGUUGACUUAA